GUUACCAGCCGAUCAAACUCAACGUUCCCCACCUUCGCUACUCUCUGCUAGCUCGAGCUCUCAGUCUCUCUCUCUCUCUCUCUCUCUCUCUCCCUCUCCGUCUACCAGUAAAGAAGCAGACGGAGAAGCCAACAAAAAAAAAUGUUCACCGAGGGGCUUGACGAUAACGCCAUCAAUUGGAUCAACCAGGUAUCUGUUGGAGAUCAACAAUCUAGACCCCUGAUAGAGAAAUGUCCAUUGGGUAGCAUCUCAAACUUGCCACUGCUGCACAAAAGCAGCAGCUUCCUAUCACCCAAAGUUCUACCACCUGUGAAAUUUCACUCAGGCUUCCUAGGGAUUCAUCCUAGUACCCAUACUGAAGAUUCUGAGGAUGACAAUGAAAGCAUAGCCUCAAUUUCUGGAGGCCAUUGUGCUUCUUAUUCAGACACAUUCGAAGAGGAUGGCAUGGAGUCAAGUGACUCUUAUCUAUUUUGGAAAGCAAAAGACAUCAGCCAUGAGGAAGAGCUCAAAUCCAAAUCUGAAUCAACCGGUGAUGAAUCAAUAAAAGCUCAAAGUAGAACAUUAAGGCGUACUCUCGUCCGAGGACCAUCGAAAGAGAACCUAAAGGUGGAGCUGGCUUUAAAUGGUGGUUUCUUAGAUACGAGCUCAACUUCCAGUGCCCAUUUCCCUAAUCACGAGCAUGUUGUCUUCACUGAAUCAACAUGCUACCUUCAUGAUGAUUACUUGCCCAAAGGGUUUAAAGAACUUGGAACGCCGAGUGCUCCUCCAAUCACGGAUUGUGGAAGAGAAGAAAGCAUCUUUGGUGAAGAAGGAAAAGUAAAAUCAGAAAGCUUUGAAGUCUCCCCAGAUUUAGAAUGUCAGAUUCAAGAUACAAAAUACCCGCCAUCACAAACCGGAGUAUCUACUGGGAACAUUUCAGUGGAGAGAGACGAGAAGACUUAUUCUUGGCAGAAUAAAUUGUCUAUUCGAUCUCAAGACUAUACUUCCAGUGCUGAAAAUUCGUGGCAAUCUUUUGUUGCCUAUGAUGCAUGUUUCCGUCUGUGCUUGUAUGCUUGGGCAAGGAACUGCGUGGAGGCCCCAGAAUUUCUUAGAGAUGAAUGCAUGAUGCUACGGGAUGCCUUUGGGAUUCAGAAGUAUCUGCUGCAACCAAAAGGCAAUGCUCUGGGGGAAAGAAGGCCUAUAACUUGUGCUGAUGGAACUUGCACUAGGAAAGAGAGAAAAGAAAUUUGGAAAAUAGAGGUGGAAGUGAAAAAAAUUCGUAUUGUGGCACAAAGACCAAAGCUUCGAUGUGACUCUUCUAGUCCAAAAUUAGUAAUGCAAGCCAGUGCUGAAUAUGUUCAUCAUGCGACUGAAUUCUUAAAGAAUAAGAUCAAUACACUAAAAGCAACUUCAGUUUCAGUUACUCAUAAAGAAGCUUUCUCAUGCUUAUUGCAACUAUAUAGUUCUUGUGAAGAACUUGUGAGUUCCCCACUCUGGUUCACACCUGGAACUGGAGAGUCUCAUAUCUUUUACCCAGAGAGUCAAGGAGACGCUCUUUUGAUUCAGGUCCAGGAUAACAACAAUGUGAAUCUUGGUCAGGCAAAGAUUCCAAUUUCAUUGUUGAAUUCUGAAGCACAACAAGGAGAGAAAGUGAAGUGGUGGCCAAUGUACUUGGAGGAUCAAGGUUUUGUAGGAAAAAUUCAACUAGCUACAAGCGUUUUUUGGAGCUCUUCUGAUAGAAUGAAUUUCUCUAAGGCUAGUCCGCCUGUAGAAACUCUCGUCUAUGAUCUCGUAAUGGAGGCAUCUAUGCGUGCUUGUGAUUUCCAUGCAAAAAAUUUGCGGAUUCAUGGACCAUGGAAGUGGCUUUUAAAUGAGUUCUCUAGCUACUAUGGUGUGACUCCUGCAUAUACGAAACUUAGGUAUUUGUCAUAUAUCAUUAAUAUCUCAGUACCCACUAAAGAAUGUUUGGAACUAAUAUGUGAAUUACUAGAACCUGUUCUCAAGGCUCGAAAUGAAAGAAAUCUCACCAGACAAGAGAAAAGCAUUUUACUUGACUGUGAAGAUCAAAUAAAGAAUCUCUUGGCAACUACUUUUCAAAACUACAAGUCCUUGGAUGAGAACUCUUCGACCGGACUCUCGAACUUCUUUGGUCCAAUUCCAGAAACAGCUUCACCUGCAUUAACUCCCGCAAUAAAACUCUUCAGCCUUCUACAUGACAUACUCUCUCAAGAAGCUCAAAAUAUAUUGAGAAACUAUCUCAAGACUGCUGCAGAAAAGAGGUGCAGAAGAUAUUUGGUAGAUACAGAAGAAUUUAUGUCAGCCAACUGUGAUGUUACUGAACCAAUAACUAUCUCAACUGCUUAUUCUAAAAUGAGGAUAUUAUGUUUGAAUAUAAGCAGUGAGAUUCAAGCAGAUAUGAAAAUUCAGAACCAGAACAUACUCCCCAGCUGCAUUGAUCUUCCAAAUAUUGCUGCUUCUAUAUAUAGUGUUCAUCUCUGUCAGAGGCUUAGAAAUUUUCUAUCAGCUUUUCCACCUUCCAAACCUGCACCACAUGUAAUUGAACUGCUAGUUACCACUGCUGAUUUUGAAAGAGAUCUCAAUUCGUGGAGUAUCAACCCUGUUCAUGGAGGAGUAAUCUCAAGAGAUCUAUUCCAUUAUUACAUAGAGACCUGGAUCAAGGAUACUCAAUACCAGUUGGUUGAAAAUUGCAAAGCAGAGAAGAUUUCAUUCUCUGGAAUUUCAACUCAUUAUGCCACGUCGCCUUUCGUGGAGGACAUUUAUGGUAACAUCAUGGAUAGCUUAAAUGAGUACAAGGUAGUAGUCAACAGAUGGCCACAGUACUUGCUAAGCUUAGAAAGUGCUGUUGCCCAUAUCGAACGAGCGAUAAUAAAGGCCUUAGAGAAGCAAUACAGCGAAGUCCUGAUGCCUCUAAAAGAUGGAGUUCCAAAGAAGAUCGAGAAGCAUAUGCAGAAGCUAACAAGAAAACAAUCUACAGCAGCCUAUAGUAUUCCAAAUGAGUUGGGAGUCUUCCUAAACACCAUGAAAAGAAUACUAGAUGGCCAUCACUGCAGAAUAGAAGAAAAUCUUAAGUCUUCUGCCUCAUUUUGGACACUCUCCAAUAAAAAUGAGAGCUUUGGGGAAAGGACUAAUGGAAUCACAAUCAUGUUAAGAACAAAUUACAAGAACUAUAAGCAGGCUAUCAUAAGGAUGCUUGUGGAUAAUACUGAGGCAAACAAAAGCACAAGGCUGAAGAAAAUUCUUGAAGAAACUAAGGAGACGAAGGGAGAAGCUGAGAUUCGUGAAAGGAUGCAAGCACUGUCCUUGCAGCUGAGUGAUUCUGUAAGGAAUCUGCAUGCUGUCUUCACCAAAAAGAUUUUUGUAGAAAUUUGCAGGGAGUUUUGGGAUAAAAUGGGACAGAUUGUGUUGAGCUUUCUUGAGAGUCGGAAGGAGAACAGGAUAUGGUAUAGACGAUCUGGUUCUGGUCAUGUUCUUGGGAUAUUGGAUGAUGUUUUUGCCUCAGAAAUGCAGACAUUGCAAGGAAACUCUAUACAUGACGAAGAUUUGGAACCUCCAAGAUCAGUUGUUGAGGCACGUUCCAUACUCAGCUGAAAUAUUCCUCAAAUUUCUUUUGUGAUUAUUAUUAUAUUUAUUAUUUAUAUUUAUUUCU